GGGACAAUUGCGUUGGUCGACAUAACUGGGUGGCUGUCCCGGGUAUAAUUUCUUUUGAAGACAGGGAAUAUCUUUCACAUCUGCGGUGCGACCGAACUUGAGUUGUCAUCUCAGCCUUCGCCGCAUCCCACUCCGUCGAGCUCCUUCACCUCGAAUUCAAGAUCAAAACAAAUGUCCAACGCCGUACCAACAUCUUUCUAUCAGAAUCGUAAUUAAGAUGCGACUUCUUCAAAAAUUUGUUGCGGAGCUAGGACUCGUAUCUUUAGUUCGUGCGCCCCGUGACACCAAACUGAUUAUUCUGCAGCGCUUCAUUCGUUUCUUCGCCUUCGGAGGCUCAACAAUUGUGCUCGCACUCUACCUUCAUGCUCAGCAGCUCCCUGACUCAAAGGUUGGAAUAUUUAUGAGUUUGGCGCUCGUGGGCGAUGUGAUCAGCUUCGGGCUUGCCUUGCUGGCUGAUGGAGUAGGGCGGAAGGUUGUUCUUGGGCUCGGAGCAUUGUUGAUGGUGUUUAGUGGAGCGGUGUUUACAUUUAGCGGGAAUUUUUGGGUUUUGCUAGCAGCAGGUGUUGUUGGGAUUAUCAGUCCAAACGGUCGAGAGAUUGGGCCGUUCAGUGCCAUCGAAGAAUCGACACUCGCGCAUCUCACACCUCUAGAUAUCCGGAGUGAUAUCUUCGCGUGGUACACUGUGUUCGGAUCAGCUGGUAAUGCGGCGGGCAAGCUCGCCACUGGUUUUAUCGUGCAGCACUUACAGACUCUUGAUGGCUGGAACCAGAUCAAGUCGUACCAAGCUGUGUUUUUCGCAUACGCGGUCCUGGGUGGUGUCAAUUUCCUCAUCACUUUCGCCUUGAGCGAUGAAGUGGAAUUGUAUGGACGUGAGGAGCAACGAUCAGAUAACGGAAGCGAAGAUGAGGAACCUCUGAUGUCGGAGAUGGAAGAUGGUGAGGAUGGAGAGCAAACAGUGAAAGAAAAGCGAUCGCUGCUACCCAAUAUCAGUAAAGAAAGUCGAAUAAUCGUGUUCAAGCUUUGUUGUCUUUUUGCGGUAGAUUCUUUAGCAUCUGGACUCGUGCCAGCAUCAUGGAUGACGUAUUUCUUCUAUGGUAAGUUCUCGCUCGAGGAAGGGUCGCUGGGAACAAUAUUUUCCGUCAUGGCAUUCCUCUCAGCCAUAUCUUCCUUAGUCGCUGCAUCGCUCUCAAAACGGAUUGGUCUCAUCCGAACUAUGGUAUUCACACAUUUGCCAUCGACAAUUUUCCUCAUGUUGAUACCAGUACCACCCUCACUUGCAGGUGCUCUCGUGUUCCUCAUCCUUCGAUCUUCGCUCGCAUCGAUGGAUAUCGCACCCAAGGCAGCCUUCCUUUCCAUGGUGGUCUUGCCAGGCGAAAGAACAGCGGUAAUGGGACUCAUCUCUGUGGUUCGCACUUUCAGCCAGAGCGGUGGACCUGUCAUUACAGGUAUUCUUGCUCAGUCUGGAAAAUUCUGGGUCACUUUUCUGGUGGCGGGUUUGCUGAAAGCGGGAUAUGACAUUGGACUCUUGGCGGGCUUUCAAAGCUACAAGAGGAGGACGAACAUUGCUGCCCGAUCAGAGGACAACGAAGAAAGUCCAUAGAAAUCAAAAUUGUACAGUGUGGCAGAUUGGGCCAUGUCUGAAGUUCGGUGUAGCUGCACAGGAAUGCUAGUGGCCUACCCCACCUUGAAACCUUGUUACGGCUGCCAUGACUCGCGCUUUUGUUGACUUUUAAGCGAAGAGUCCGAGUAUAAACUCGAGCAAGAAUUUACUCAUUGGUCUAUCAGAUAUACUAAGCUCAUCGAUUUUCAAAGUUUCUCUCUUCUGUGUGUCUAUCCAUAAGUGCAAUUCCACAAGCACGUGCUCUUGGAUCAAUUUGAGCAUUCCCCAGCUUAAGAUAAUUUUGCUUCUGAUUUAAUAGAACGUAGUGG